ACAAGUUGAGGCCGUUAUCUUCCCGCGAAACACAUUCCCAGUCACACCCCUUUACCGUUCUCACUCUUUCUCCCUAAUCAACUACUUCCCCUACCUUCAAAUGGCUUCAAUCUCAGCCAUUGGAUCUCCUCAGCGACCUCUAACCUCAUCGGUCGGAAAAUCUCGAACCCGUGUACGGCGCGGACCCAAAUCUUUUCUUCCCCCGGAAGCCGAGAAAUCUUCUGAUUCAGGUGCAGGCGGCGGAAGCAAUCUUAUCGAGCGAAGAAAACUUGUGUUUUCAUCCAUUGGAACUGUAGCUGCGGCUUUCUGUAAUGCUUUUAAGGAUAAACUCGCCCUGGCAUCUCAGUUUGCAGACAUGCCAGCAAUUAGGGGAAAGGACUACGGCAAGUCGAAGAUGAGUUAUCCGGACUACACCGAAACUGAAUCGGGUCUUCAGUAUAAGGACUUGCGAGCAGGAGAUGGCCCCAAACCCAAGGUUGGGGAUACAGUAGUGAUUGAUUGGGAUGGUUAUACCAUUGGAUACUACGGUCGUAUAUUUGAAGCUCGAAAUAAAACAAAAGGUGGUUCAUUUGAGGGUGAUGACAAGGCUUUUUUCAAAUUCAGAGUAGGAUCUCAAGAGGUGAUACCAGCUUUUGAGGAAGCUAUUACAGGCAUGUCUCUUGGUGGCGUUAGAAGGAUCAUAGUGCCUCCAGAAUUGGGAUAUCCGGACAAUGACUACAACAAGAGUGGCCCAAGACCCACAACAUUUUCGGGCCAACGAGCCUUGGAUUUUGUGCUGGGGAACCAAGGGCUGAUAGACAAGACUCUUCUGUUUGAUAUUGAGCUGAUUAAGAUCAUCCCAAACUGAUUUCUUAUCAAAUUCAACAUCUUUCACGGGAAAUCACAUUGUUGGCCAAUGAUUUUGGCCGAUAUAUCAAGAGUUUCUUGUUCAGUUCAGAAUGCUGAACGCUACUAACCAGCUUAAGAAGCUGAAUUGUUGAAUCUAGACAAACAUAGAGCUUCUUUUUCUAUGAAGCCAAGCUUGCUUAGUGCUUUUCCCAUUGCUUGAAAUGAAAGCUUGUCACAGGUAAUAAAUUUCCCAUGAAUCAUGAAAGAAUACAAGAAAAUGUCCAGUAUUACCUACCUGUGUCAUCUUUCCAAUUCAGAUGUAAUGUAUACCUUCAAUCUAUUUGCAGCACAUUUAUAUA